AUGGAUUCAGAGCAGAAGCACAUUCAUGCAGCAAAUGGCGGCCACCCCAGUCCAACAACAGUAGUACACGACGCAGAGACAUUGUCGGCUGGCUCAACAGCAAGGAACGGGUCAACAACAAAAAUCUUGGAAACUCACAGUGGAUUGGAAAAGGACUUUUCACGGCCAGAUGGUUACGGCAAUGGAUUCCCUGGGCACCACACCCUAGAUGCCUCGGUUGACUCCAACACGGCGCUUCAUCACAUCCGGACAGCAGGCAGCAUCUCCAUCUCCCCAGAGCUAUUUGAGAAACUGUACCUCGCGCCUGAAAGCAAAGUGAAGGGCGAAUUGCGAAAGACGUUUGGUAACCCUACGCCACUUGCUAUCAUUGGGUUCUUGCUGUGCCUCCAUCCACUGAGUAUGACUCUCAUGGGAUGGAGAGGCGCUGGAGGCGGCGGUGCAGCAAACAUUGGGUGGUACUACUUUGCUGGCGGCCUUUUGAUGACGCUGGGCGGCCUUGGUGAAUGGAUCCUAGGGAACACCUUUCCCUUUGUCGUCUUCUGCUCAUUCGGCGCUUAUUGGCUGGGCUUUGCUGCUACCCUGCAGCCUUUUUACAAUGCGUAUGGGGCCUACAAAAAUCCCUCUGUCCAAACCAGCACGGGCCUCGAGUCAGCUGGCUUCAACGUCGGUAUUGGCUACAUGCUCAUCAUGAUGGGCAUACUGUGCCUCGUCUUCCUCGUAUGCUCUAUUCGUACAAAUUUGGUCUUCUUCCUCAUCUUCUUCACCCUAGUACCGGCGUUUGGUCUCUUGGCCGGUAGCUAUAUGUAUAUCGCCCAGGGCAGACUUUCUCUUGCCUCAAAGCUUGCAGAAGCCGGUGGAGCAUUUUGCUUUGUUGCCUGCCUCUGCGGAUGGUACAUCUUCUUUGCCAUUAUGCUGGCCAGCGUUGACUUCCCAUUUGACCUGCCUAUCGUGGACCUGUCCAGCGUAGUCAAGGGAGCCAGCGAUAAACGCAAGGUCGAGCACGUCGACUGA